AUGGGUUUACUCACCCUCGUCGAGGAUCGUCCAACUCCCUCGGCUGUUUACAACUGGAGAGUGUAUGCCUGUGCUGCCGUGGCUUCCUUUGCAUCAUGCAUGAUCGGUUAUGAUUCUGCGUUCAUUGGGACUACCCUAGCACUGCCCAGUUUCGUAUCAGAGUUCGGAUUCAAGCACAUGGACAAGAAUCAUCUCGCCCUCAUCAAGGCCAACAUCGUCUCUGUCUAUCAAGCCGGCGCAUUCUUCGGUUCGCUAGCCGCAUAUGCAUCUGCAUACUUCCUCGGACGCAAGCGUAGUCUGUGGGCCUUUGUCACCGUCUUCAUGGUUGGUGCUGGUAUCAUGUUGGUCGCCAAAGACGGAAACCUGUCUCCUAUUCUUGCUGGACGAGUACUGGCUGGUGUCGGUGUUGGUGGAGCCUCCAUGAUCGUACCCAUCUAUAUUUCUGAGAUCUCCCCACCAGCUAUUCGUGGACGCUUGGUUGGUAUCUACGAAUUGGGUUGGCAGCUCGGUGGUCUAGUCGGCUUCUGGAUCAACUAUGCUCUCACUCAGACUAUGGGUCCUAGCCGUCGCCAGUGGCAGAUUCCUUUUGCUGUGCAACUCAUUCCUGGCGGACUUCUGAUGAUUGGAGCCCUGUGGCUCAAGGAAUCACCCCGCUGGUUGUACUCAAAGGGCCGUAGAGAAGAAGGCCUCAAGAACCUCUGCUACAUCCGUCAGCUUGACAGCAAUGAUGUCUACAUCGUCGAAGAAGUUGCCUCUAUCGACGCCGCUCAUGAACAGCAAGUAUCCACCAUCGGUGUCGGUUUCUGGAAACCAUUCCAAGCUGUUAGUAAGAGUCGCACUGUCCAGUGGAGAUUCUUCCUAGGUGGUAUGCUCUUCCUGUGGCAGAACGGCAGUGGUAUCAACGCAAUCAACUACUACUCGCCUACCGUCUUCAAGUCGAUUGGUAUCACUGGCACAAGUACCUCAUUCUUCACUACCGGACUUUUCGGUGUAGUCAAGACAGUUCUCACGUUCGUCUGGCUACUGUUCCUCGUCGACAAGCUUGGUCGCCGCAAGCUUCUGAUGAUUGGUGCUGGUGGUGGCUCGGUGUGCAUGUGGAUCAUCGGUGGCUACCUCCUUGGAACACAUGGCAAGCGAAACGGCGAAACACUUGGCUCCGGUGGCAUCGCCGCUGUCUUCUUCUUCUAUGUGUGGACCGCGUUCUACAGUCCAUCUUGGAACGGUACCCCCUGGGUCAUCAAUUCAGAGAUGUUUGACUCCUCCACUCGCUCUCUUGGACAGGCAUCUGCCGCAGCAAACAACUGGUUCUGGAACUUCAUCGUGUCGCGCUUCACACCUCAGAUGUUCUUAUCGAUGGGGCCCAGCGGAUGUGGAGUAUAUUUCUUCUUCGCCAGCAUGAUGCUUGCCAGCAUUGUGUUUGUCUAUUUCCUUAUACCUGAAACCAAAUCGGUGCCCCUCGAGUCGAUGGACCGCCUCUUUGAAAUCAAGCCUGUUAGCAGGGCUAACCGUGUGGUCAUUGAAGAGGUCAGACUUCACGAUGAAGAGUUCCGCCGCGAGACAGUGGGCGAGAAAUUUGGUGCUGAGAAGGAGGGCUUCAGAUAUUCUGAGCGCGUCGAGACUGCUUGA